AUGCAUAAGUCGGUGGUGGUUCUGGUUACGUUUUCGCAACCUUUUGCAGUUUUGCCCGCUUUAGGCAAGGUCAUGGCAUCAUCGGCCCGUACGUACGAACCUGAGCCGCAACCGCUCCGCAGUACCACGCUGACCGUACUAACCGAAUUGCAGGAAGCAGCAAGCAGGUCCAUAACCAUGCGAACACUUCAAACAACCGACCCCACUGAAACAAUGGACGACUGCGAUGACAUCUUCGGCCCUCCUCGGACUUACCCGACAGCUUACCCUCCGAGAACCCGGCCCUCGAUGAUCUCCCCCAAAUACAAGCUCAAAGAAGAACGAAGAAAAGUCUUAAAAAUCAGCCUAAACAAGCUAAAAAAAAUCGACGAUCCUGAAUCAAACCUAUGCAGAUCAGUAUUGAUUAACAACACAAUGAAGCGACUUCAACAGGAAACCAGAGACGAAAAACUCCAAAAGCAACAACUCAGCUACCCAAGAUGCUACAACGACGAUAGCUACCUAAACAUCAAAACCGAAUUCAUGAAAAACGACAAUAACGAAAUCAUUAUUGAAAACGAUUUCCAUUCGAAAUUAGAAGAGGAACUCAACAAAGUCAACUUAGACUAUGAACCUCCCAAACCAAUUAUUGAAGAACCUCAAACCAAAAAACGCCCCUUUGAUCAAAUAGAUGACUACGAUGUUUUGUCUCAAUUCUACAUGCCUCCAACUCCUCGAAUGUUAACGGCAAUAGACGAAGAUGAAGAUGUAAAUGUAGUAGACGAAGAUCCUUUAACCAAAAGACUGAAACUGGAACAACAAUCGACAAACUUUAAUAAUAGUGUUUCAAGUUUUAUUAAUAAUAAUUCAAGAUUUAGUAGCAGUGAUAGUGACUCUAGUAGUUCAUUUAGUUGCGGGCAGGCCUCAAUGUUUGGAGAAAUGCAAACAAAUGUCUAUCACAAUUUGAUUACUUCGCUGGAAACGUAGCGAUUUUUCGUAUAUGGGGAUAGUGAUUGGGGAGCUGAAUUUUUAAGAAAAUUUUCCUAAAUCGCCCCUCAAACAAGGGCUUUCAAAUUGCUAAUUGUGAUAAACAUAUGUAAAUUGUAGCAUCUUUGUUGCCAAACACACAUUACCAUUUUUAUUUUUUGUGCUUAAUAUGGCUCUCUAUGUUUUUUAGUUAUUUGGGUCAUAUGCAUAAAACACGAGCAUAUGCUUUCACUUGAGUUUGUUGAGAUAAACAUAUUCAGCUUUAAUGCAGCAAGAAGAGAUGGAGGUAGAGGAAAAGCAUUUGCUACACUUUAUUCAUAUGACUGAUUGUCUCAAAUUAAUGAUUCAGAGAGAGCAUUAACGGCUGUGAUACAACAACAUACAACCACCUAUUUUGUAUAGUAAAUAAAUUGUGUAAAUAGUUUUUUUAGUUGAUACACAAUAGUAUUAAGGCGUAGGAAAUUAUGUAUAUAAGGUCGUGUAAUGAUGAGUUGUUAAAUUUUUUGAAAAACAUAUUACGUAUGAGGAUAUGUUGUUUUCUAUUUAAUUAUUUUCUUUUUUUUUUUUUUGGACCUUCUUAUUAUUGUUUACUUAAUUAUAUGACACUUAAUACAUAUAUUUUUUUUCUUAUUAA